AUUCUCUUUCUCUCUCUUUUCUCACUCUGACCCAAAUGGAAUUUUAGAGAGAGAAACUAAGGGUUGGUUCGGUUGCCACCACCACACAGCCUCUGCUGCUUUGACUGUGUAGAGGGACCUUGGUUCCCACAGAUGUGCCCAGAGCAAGAUUGUUGCACCUACUGUAAGCACAAAUCAAAUGCCAUCCCUAAAAAUGAAGAGCAAAGUAAGCGUGAGCUGUUUAACAGAAACAAAGGAUCUUCAUGUGUGUUCGAAGUCAAAAGUUAUAUCCAAAAGCCCAUGUUCUAAAAUCAUGGUCUCUACACAGAAGACUGAAAUAGAGACUACUUACCUAGAUGUUUCCUCAAGGACACAGCCGAAAGACAUUGCAUGCGAUCAAUCUAUUGACAGCAAAGAAUUUCUGGAUACAGAAAAGUCUGAAUCCGAGCACCAAUUUUCUGUUUGUUCUUCUGUCCUGGAAAAAAUGGAACUAACCAACCCCUGUACAGCAAGCUUAGAAACAAUCUUUUCUCCUGCUUUUGAGCCCAUUGAAGACCAGUCACAACAUUAUACUGAAAAAGAUGCAGGGAGCAUUAGUGAUCCAAACUUGGAAGGACUGGGAGCUGAUGAGGGAAGAACCAUAUGUGGUUAUGAAACAUGUGAUGUGUCUGACUUUUACAUUUCUGACAUGAUCAUUACAAGCUUACCCUUUGGUGGAAAUUCCUUUGAUGAUGAUAUCAGUGAAACCAACUGUCUAUCUGAUUAUGCAUCUGCUGAGCCUUCCAUGUUUACUGCAUCUGAACAGUACAUGAUCCUGCCUGCUCUUGAAGAUGAUAUUAAAGUUGGCUGUACUUCUGAUCUCAUAUCAUUUGAAGAAACUGUGAUGGUUCGAGAAAGUGCCAGUUUGUAUUCGGCAAUGGGUCAGAUCUGCAACCAGGAGUCAGAUGUUAAAAGUGACUUGGAUAAAUCAGAGUGCUUUGAUCCACAAUCAUUUAUCAAGAAUCUACCAGAUCUAUCAGAAAUAGAAGUGAAUGGGCAGCCAACCCUAAUUCCUAAGCAAUCUCCAAGAAGAAAAUCAAUAACUCUAGUGCUUGAUUUAGAUGAAACGCUUGUUCAUUCUACACUGGAACACUGUGAUGAUGCGGAUUUCACUUUUGGUGUUUUCUUCAAUAUGAAAGAAUACACGGUGUAUGUGAAACAGAGGCCUUAUCUCCAUGCAUUCUUGGAGAGAGUAUCAGAGAUGUUUGAAGUAGUUAUUUUUACUGCCAGCCAGAGCAUAUAUGCAAAGCAACUACUUGAUAUAUUGGAUCCUGAUGGACGAUUUAUCUCUCGUCGCAUGUAUCGAGAAUCAUGCCUUUUCUCAGAUGGAAAUUACACAAAAGAUCUUACUAUAUUAGGUGUUGAUCUUGCAAAAGUUGCUAUAAUUGAUAAUUCACCUCAGGUUUUCCGGUUGCAAGUGAAUAAUGGUAUUCCUAUAAAGAGUUGGUUUGAUGAUCCAUUAGAUUGCGCACUGAUGUCACUACUUCCCUUUCUUGAGACCUUGGCUGAUGCUGAUGAUGUCCGUCCUAUCAUUGCAAAGAGAUAUGAAUUGGUUCCCCUUUCUUCUCAGUUGACAAAUGUGGAGUUCUGUGUUUCUCUCAAAAGGUCUGAGUUGGAAGUCAUCAUCCUUGAUAAUUUCAAUUGAGUUGUCAAGAUUUGAGAGGUAACAAACUAACUUCCCCGCAUUUUCCAUUAUUUCUUUAAACUUCAAACUAACUUGUUAUAAAUUUCCAUUCAAGAUUAUCCUGUAAUGCUUAUCUUGAUAACUAGACCAUUUCCUUCAUAUGUAGAAAGACAUUUAUUGUCAUAGAGGAAAACAGUUGGCAUAGGUGGAAGGAGAACAAUAUAAUUUUGUAAACAUCCUUAGUAUCACACACUUGACUGUACUGCUAUAUACUUACUAGAAAUGAAUUUGCUUUUAUCAUCCUCUAUGAUGGUUCACGGGUGAUAUAAGAAGUGUCAUUUAUUAGGAUUGCCAUUGGUGUAUAUUAGAAAAACGUAAGUUAAGAUUGAAUUACCUGUGUGACAAUGAGUUUGCUUCAAUGGUUUACAAAAGGAUAAGAUAUCCCGAAUGCUGACAGCUGGAGGAUGUUGAAUGUUGCUUGUAGUUUUGUAUCUUACGAUAUAGUCUAUUAAGCUUAAAUGUUUCAGGCAACCGUAUAGUGUAAGCCUCUCUAGAAUAUCAACCUAUAAGCCAACCUUAGUAAAGAGGACUUGUUUGAGGUAAUCUGAUAUAACAACAACAGGAGGUGAUAUAUUUUAAAAGGACUAAUAUAUUAUUUAUCAUUAUACCAUCUGUAUGUGAUCAGAAUGGAAAUACUUGAAGUAUCUGUUUCUGUGCAUAUGAUAUGAUAUAUAUGCUUAUGUUGUUUAUUCUAAAAGAGAGCUGAUUUUAUGACAGUUUUUAAUCUGUCCUACAGUCCUUUAGGUUUGGAUUAAAAGUUCAUAGACUUGGCCUGUCUUAAAUAGCUGACUAUCACUGUUUUAAUGAUUGUCUGCUAUUCCUUGCUAUCUUCAUAUGCUUUCAUGAUUUUGCAUCCAUUGCCUGCAGGUAUGUGAAGAAAAUUUUAUUAGAUUAUCCCUCUAAUGGCUGUUUAAUAGGUAUGUAAAUUUUGAUUACACAAGGGACCAGAAGAUAUAUAUGUUAAUUAUCUUGCCAUAAUAUUUUAACCAUGUUUCACCUUUGUUAUCUGAAGCAAGGUGGUGUGUAAAGGUGUAAAAUCUAAAUUGGAAAUUUUAGGACAUUGUUAUUUCCCUGUCCAUUUUUCAUUCUUGUCUCUACAAUUGGCUGUAAACCUAUGUAAAUCCUAGGAAGAAGGUUGUUAAAAGUUUUUUGUUUUUUUUAUUCUUUUGAUCUUUAGUUGAAUUAGAAUAUGGUCACUUAAUGUGAUAUUUAACAUACUACGUUAGCAUGGUUUGUUUAUUUA